AUGGCACAUAUCAACCAAUCCCUCGUAUCAGCCUUCCGCAAGGCACGAGACGACCUAGUAACCCUCCUAGAGCAACAAACAACCUUCCUACGCCACGACAUCAACAGUCGUAUCUACGUAAUCCCAAACCUCCGUCUACAGAUAAUCCAUCACCUCGAUAUCAUCGCCUCCCUCUCGAUGGAAAUGGCCGUCGAAAGCCGUCACCACCCCUACGUCCUAAUCCACCAGAGCGGCUUCUACGAAACCGAUGUACCCAUGCACUGCGCUGCACUAAAGGGCCAGUGUGCCCAUCUAGCGGGCCGAUUACGCGAUAAACUUUGCACUGACGUCCCUGUUGCUGUAGCGAGAUUGAUUGAUCGGAUUGUGGCUAAUUUGUGUUUUUAG